AUGGCGGUGUUGUCCAAGUCGCACGCCGCGUCUGGCGCCUUGUCCAUCACGUCGCUCGUGGCAUUGGCUGUGGCAAUUCGCGAACAUGGACAAAAGAAGGCGAACGCAGCCUUCGCGAUGGACUCGGAGUUCAUGACCAAGAAGCAGGGCAGUCGGCAGAAGGUGGCAGUCAAUAGGGAGUUCUAUCGUCGCUUCCUGCGUCUCUUCAAGGUCAUCGUACCGGGUCCUUUCACAGCCGAAGUGGGGUUCGCUGCUCUUGUGGCGGUUAUGCUCGUGGCUCGCACGUCCUUCGACAUUGUAGUGCUGCACACCUUCACUGCCGUCGAGAGAGCCAUCAUCUCUCGCUCGCAGACGGACUUUAUGCGUCAUCUGCGCCGCUUCGUGGCCAUUAUGUUGCCCAUGAGUUGCGUUAACAGUCUGCUGAAAUACGGCCACACGGAGCUCAGUCUCCGUUUCCGAACGAGACUCACCCGCCACCUGUACGAGCAGUACGUGAAAGGGUUUGUCUACUACAAAGUGUCCAACCUGGACAACCGCAUCUCCAACGCCGACCAGCUGCUCACAGUGGACGUCGAGCGCUUCAGCAACUCGGUGGCGGAUCUGUACUCCAACAUGUCCAAGCCCGUGCUGGAUAUCGCCAUCUACGCCGUCAAACUGUCGUCCUCUAUCGGCGUGGAAGGGCCCGUGAUCAUGUUGAGCUACCUGGUGGCCUCGGGCUUCUUCCUCACGUGGCUACGGCAGCCGACGAGUCGCUUCACGAUCGCCGAACAGCAGAUGGAAGGCAACUUCCGCUUCAUGAACUCGCGACUCAUCACGCACAGCGAGGAGAUCGCCUUCUACAACGGCAACGUGAGGGAGAAGCGCAUUUUGGACCAAUCGUUCACCCGACUCAUCGACUUGGUGCGCAGUUCGCAGCAGUUCCGCUUCUCCAUGAGCGUUAUCGACAACAUUGUGGCCAAGUACCUGGCGACAGUCGUGGGGUACGCUGUGCUGUCGAAGCCUUUCUUGGACCUGUCGAACAAGAGACUGGAGCACACGUCAUACGCCGAGCGAAUGGAGGAUUACUUCCGGUCGGGCAAGAUGCUGCUCAAGAUGUCGGAGGCCAUGGGGCGUCUGGUGCUGUCGGGCCGCGAGCUGACGCGUCUGGCGGGAUUUACGGCUCGGGUGACCGAGAUGAUCGACGUGCUGAGCGACUUGGACCAGGGCAAGUACCACCGCACGAUGCUGAAGGCUGAAGAGGAAGAUCUCGAAGAGUCCAAGACCCAGUCCACGUCUGCUGACUCGCUGGGUCUGUACCCCAACAAGGGCGAGAUCCUGUACCGUGACCACGUGAUCCAAUUCCAAGAUGUGCCACUCGUGACACCGAACGGAGACGUGUUAGUGCCAUCGCUCAACAUCAAGGUCGAGUCCGGUAUGAACGUCGUCGUCGCAGGGCCGAAUGGCUGUGGCAAGAGCUCGCUGUUCCGCAUUCUUGGCGAACUGUGGCCCAUGUUCGGUGGCAAACUGACGAAGCCCGAGCGCAACGGACUGUUCUACAUCCCGCAGCGACCAUAUCUGACAUUGGGAACGCUACGAGACCAGAUCAUCUACCCACACUCGCUCAAGGAGAUGCAGGCGUGCGGAAGGACCGACGAAGACUUGAUGUUCUACCUGGAGAAGGUGCAACUGGGUCAUCUCGUGGACCGUGAAGGCGGCUGGGACGUCAUUCACGACUGGGCCGACGUCCUGUCGGGCGGUGAGAAGCAGCGCGUGGCCAUGGCGCGUCUGUUCUACCACAAGCCGCAGUUCGCUAUCCUGGACGAGUGCACGUCUGCCGUUAGUGUGGACGUCGAAGGCGCAAUGUACAGCUACUGCCGCGAACAGAACAUCACGCUCUUCACUGUGUCGCACCGCAAGUCGCUUUGGACGUAUCACGAAUAUGUGCUUCGGUUUGAUGGUCGUGGCCACUACGAGUUCAAGAAAAUAGACGACGUCGACGAAGCAUUCGGCUCUUAA